AUGCUUGUUACACGUUAUCGUUUAAAACAAUGUUUAACUUUUGGUCAUUUAUCUCGAUUACGAUCAACUCAAUAUCCAAUUGGAAUUAAAAAAGUUCGAAGUACUUGUUUUGAUUCACCAAUGAAAGAUAUUUUAUUGAAACAUUUCGAUCAUAUUGAUUUUGAUAAAGAUUUAUAUCAAUGCAAUACACUAAUUUAUGAUAAUGUUGAAUAUCGUCGAUGUGGAGUAUAUGUUAUAGAUUUAAAGCCAUCUCAUGAACAACCAAUAUUUGCUCAAACUAUUAUGAUUAUAAAAAAGAAUGAAAAAUGGUGGUUAUUAGUUGAUAUUCUUGAUACAAUUUGUUAUGAUGAAAAACUAUUUGCAUGGCAAAUACAAUCUUUAACUCGAUAUUCUUUGAUUGAUCCAAAUGAUUUAGUAUAUUAUUACAAAGGACUGGAUAUUUACAUGGUGAAUAAUUUGAGUUUUGUUACAUUUAUAUCACAGCAUGAUGUGGAUGGUCCAAUGCUAAAGAUGUUGAAUAAUGUUGAACGAAUAUCACCGUUAAUACCGAAAUUGAAACAACAGCUAAUUUUCUUAGACGAACGUGAGAAAUUAUUCCGAAGAGUUGAUCAUGGUUCAAUUUCAUUUGAUGGUCCAUUAUCUAAUACAUCUACAAUACCUAAAACACCAAUUUUUACUUUACUAAAUGCUCAAGCAUCACCUACUGUUUCAAUUAAUUCAAAAUCAUGA